UGGCAUGUCUGUGAUGUCACAAUGAGUAUAUAUUUCCACUGUGUAGCAUACCAAACUCUAUUGUUACGUUGUAACAGACCGGGGCAGGGGAGAGGGCGAAAGAGGCUUCAACACUAAAAUUUUGGCCGAUCUUGCACAGUUUCAAAGGAUAAUUUUAUCGGGACUAAAAUUUAAAAGGCUGUGCUCAUUCUGGGACAUAAAACUUCGCCGGAGAUUUAACACGCCCUCGAAGAGGAAAAAGGACACGAAACCUCUCUGGCUUGUUUUACAAAUGCAAUCAUUAAACACCGGACUGAGAAGACAAGGCUUGCUAUGAAACAUAAGCCAUUGUUAACACAAAAUAGAUUUUGAAAAAUUAAAUGAAGUCCUCCGCCCGUAUCGCCUGCCCUGUGUUCUCGUUUUGUGCAAAUGUGAACGACGAUAAAUUGUCCUUGCACAAAUCCAAAAAUCAAGAUUAAUAGCCCGUUUCUUAUGUUCAUAUGUAUUUUUGUGUGGACUAUAGUGAUGCAUACAUUUCGUAACGGAUCAACGAGCACAUCAAUUUUGCAAUCAAUUUUCAACAGAUCAAGCUACGUUUCUUUAUCAUAGACAUCUAUACGGAGGUGGUAAACGGUGAAAUCAGAGAACCGUGUGGAGCUUGAAAAGAAAAAAAAAAUCAUACUGCCAGAACCAAAGGAAAUUUUUAUGUCGAUUGUUGCUGCUGAUACAACGGUGAACAGCGGAAUCGUCGGCAAAGGCUAUUCCUGCGUAAGACGCUGAGUUUCCAUGGAGACAGUGGGGACACUGGGCCUGAAGCGAAAAUUUGAGGAGGUGGACAGCGGCUCGCCCUUCUCCACGUCCAAGGACUCCGACGAUGACAUCUCCAACAGCGACAGCGCAGACAGCUGCGACAGCCUCAACGCCCCCUCCAGCUCCCUCACACCGACCUCCAUCCUCAGGCGUCCACGGGCAUCGCUGGGACGAAAGCGCGUACGCUUUGACUCGGUGACGGUGUACUUCUUCUCCAGGCGGCAAGGCUUCACCAGUGUGCCCAGCCAGGGGGGCAGCUCUCUGGGCAUGGCCCGCCACCACUGCGACAUCCGCCACUACACACUGGGGGAGUUUGCGCGGGAACAGGAAAGCAGCCACAGGUUUGCCUUGCGCCAGCACCUGCGCCAGGAAAAGCUCAAUGCCCGCAAAAUGAAG